AUGAACGCAAUUAUUGCUGGUCCUUGUUCGUUUAGCUGCCUCACGGAUAGUAUACUUCGGCGGAUUGCACGAUCACUUAAUGGCAGUGCAAUUGAUAGAAUUAAGGAUAAAAAAGACAAGAUUAAGAGCAAGUUGUUUCUGAUGAAAAUCAUCCAGCUUUUCGAAAUGGAAUAUACUUCUGACGAAUGUCCAGCGAAUGCCGCGUUUCUUUUCCAGUGUGCUUGGUGUUACCGACUUCUGACACAAAUUACGGCUAAGUGCGUGUCAUGUCUUCCUUGGCGACGAGUGGUCACUCAAGAGGGUAACCUAGUCCCUGUCCAUCAGCCGCUUCCAACGCAAUCCAACCUUGCCUAUGAGCGUUUAUGGCCAACAUCUGUCUGUGAGCCAGUGAAUAUGCCCCAAGCCAAUUGUGCCACUGAAUUCAAUAUCCACUAUGACAACAUAUCAUUUACGAAUGGAAGCCUGACACGUACACCAUCUGGAUUGUCUAGUUCAUUUCCAAGCCGUCUGAAUGAAGUCCGGACAGGAAGCGUACAUCCCUCUUCGUCACUAGAGUCAAACCGAAUUUUCUGCGCAACAGAUUUGUUGGUUUCUUGGUAUCUUGAGCUGAAAAGCUGGCGUCUGGUCUACUGGCGUCUGUGGGCAACGAUCAAUUUACAGACCUGCAACCGUUGUGGGCGACAGUUUCCAAUCAUUGAAUUGGGGGAUGGCUGCAUCUUUCACCCGGAGAAACCACUUCCACGUAACUUAGUUGGGUCACAGAUGGGUGACGCCACCAAGUGCAAUGAAACCAUGAAACCUACCUACAACGUUGGCGAAGUUUCCAAGCUUUCUUUGUUGCACUCCAGUGCGUUGAACCGAUAUCCCGAAGAAGGUGCUACCUGUCUCCCAGAUGAAAGCAGAAGCCCGAGUGAAUGCAGAAAUUUGAAAUCCCAAUUGGUGUAUCCUUGCUGCGGACUGGAGGCAUUCCACUUCGAACCCUUCCGUGUUCCAUCUGGUUGCUACAGAAACCAUCAUAUUUUGGAUGCGGUCAGUAGUUCUUCAGACAGUGUCGCCCGUUUAGCUCAGAUUCAUCGCGAUUUGUUCCUGUCAUGGGCACCAAAAAGAACAUUUAAUCCUAAAAAUUCCCCAGGUUUGGCGUCCGUCGGUGGCUUCAAACUCCAGUCACCAGAUACUUUUGUAAUCCAAUCGCAGCUACCGUUGUGCGCAUCGGCCCCGGCUUUUACACUGCUGGACUGCAUGGAUCGGUCAAGCAAUAUUCAACAGGAGGUCUAUAGGGCUUCCUGCUUGGGAGACCAGCAAUUGCCAUCCGCACACCACACUAUGAGUAGUGACCGCACAUCGCAGGCUUCACAGGAACAAAAAGGAGCCGUGCUCGUGAAGAAAGUUGCCACGAGGGGUAUUCUAUCAUCAACACCAGCGGAUAGAUGUUGGAAUUCAAUGAAAGUAUGUCGUAUAAACCAGGACAAUCAACGACAAGAAGAUCUCAGACGUAUGACGAGGAUUGGGGAUUUUUUGUAUGCACAUCGCGAAAGCAACUUUGUAACUGGAUCGAAAACCAUCCCUAAAAAGGUUUCAGGAGGAAUAUAUUGUCGACUAGAAUCGCAGUGGCUAUGUGAUUUUGGCGCAAAUGGUGUCGCUAGGCAGCAUACUCAACCUUUGCUCAGAAAAACCAAGCCUACCCGCAGCACCUGCCAUUCUGGGGAUUCUCAUCCACUCAGACAGUGA